AUGCAACAGUUGGUGCCUGAUUAUGCAUACUCUGCCCUCAGUCACUCAGGAGGCUCAGUCUUACGAAAAUUUACCCCUCUUUCCCAGAGAGGGUCUUGUGGCAUUGUGGACAUUAACAGUGCUUUACAAGAGGUGCUGAAGACCACCCUCAUCUAUGAUGGCCUAGUACGUGGAAUUCACAAAGCUGCCAAAGCCUUAGACAAGUGUGAAGACCAUCUUUAUGUGCUUGCGUCCAACUGUGAUAAGCCUGUGUAUGUCAAGUUGGUGGACUCCCUUUAUGCUGAACACCAAAUCAACCCAAUUAAGGUUGAUGACAAGAAACUAGGGGAAUGGGUAGGUGUCUGUAGAAUGAACAGAGAGGGAAACUGUAAAGUGGUUGGUUGCAGUUGUGUGUAUGGCAAAGAAUCCCAGGCCAAGGAUGUCAUCAAAGAAUACUUCAAAUGGAAGAAAUGA